GAAAUAUAUCAAAUUUAUUUUGCGAGAAUUUUGUUUUUAAAUUUAAAUAUAAUAUUGAUUUUCUGAUUUCUAAUUUCGAUUUGAUAACACAUCAACUGAAAUAUGUUGCGACUUUCGAAUAUCUCCCACAGCAGUUGGCGACUAAUGCAGUGCCAGCCAAUCCCUUUACAAAAAUCGCAGAGGCCCAUUACAACCCAACAGCGUUGCCGCCAAAAAGAGGAACCGAACACGACAAAGACGACGAUGCCUCUACGAAAGCGACCGACACAAUUGACAGAUGAGAUCAUACGUGUUGAUCACGCUGGUGAAUUGGGUGCCGAUCGUAUUUACGCUGGACAAAUGGCUGUAUUGGGUAAUGGACCAAUGGGCAAGACGAUAGCGCAUAUGUGGGAACAGGAGAAGGAACAUCGCAGAAAAUUCGAAAAUCUCAUACACGAACACAGAGUGCGACCGACAAUAAUGGUGCCAAUUUGGAAUGUGGCGGGCUUUAUGUUGGGUGCGGGCACGGCUUUAUUGGGUGAGAAAGCCGCCAUGGCAUGCACUGUUGCCGUCGAAACAGUCAUUGUUGAGCACUACAAUGAGCAACUGCGACAGAUUAUGGAGUCAUCAAAGCCAGAUAAGGAACUCUUGGCCACGAUAACGAAAUUUCGUGACGAGGAACAGGAACAUCACGAUACGGGAAUCGAUUGUGGCGCUGAGCAGGCACCUUUUUACAAAGCUAUAACCGAAGUUAUAAAAGUCGGCUGCAAGACAGCAAUUGCCAUUUCGAAACGUAUUUAAAUAAA